AUGGCUCAGUGCGCCCAAAACAACGCGUGUAGUGAAAAAAAUGUGAGAUUACUAAAGAUAAGGAUUACGACUUAUGUUUCGGCGCUCGUGUUCCUGUCGAUAACUGCACUGAGGCUGCUGAAUUUGGACUUUGAGAGCCACAGCGACGUGGAGAUUCAGCAGUACGCGAAAAACAAGUGGAAAUUAGUGACGACAUGGUUUAAUCUCGUCAUUAUUGGCUACCUGCCUGUAUGCGCCUACUGCGACUGGAGAGAUCUACGCGGCCAAGAGUCGAUGUACCAUGUCGUCAAGCUGAAUAAAAUAAGGACGUUCCUGUUUACAAAUAUCAUCUUCCCUACGACUGCGUUUUCAGACACGCUGUUCUGGGGCCUAUGGAACAAGAACAAGGCUCUGCUUAUGCCACUGAGCGCAGAAACAGUGGUGUCGAUCUGGUCUCAGCACGCGAUGCACACCUUCUCCUUCGUAUUUGUGGUGGUAGACCUACUGCUGGUGCUCAGGACACGACCGAAGAACCCAACGAAGGGGAUCCUGGCGAUGAUGGGUUUUGUAAAUCUUUAUGCUGCAAUAUGUGUCCAAGGAGUUUGGAACGGCGUAUACUUUUAUCCAUGCUUUAAGAAUCUAUCGUCUCUCAAAUUUUGUGUAUUAAUUUUGUUUUCGUAUUUAGGUCAUUUAUUUUAUUACCUAGUACAAUGGUUAGUAGUUGACGUAGUAAAAUUGUUUAAAUUGUCUACCAGUAUUCAUGUUAAAAAAAACUUAUAA